AUGGAUGGAAAAAAGAAUAAGUUGAACAAAAAUAAAAAAAAAAAUGAACAAUUAAAAAAGAAAAGCGAAAUAGAGAAUAAAGUAGUAAAUAGAAAAAGUAAAAACAACAGUAAAUUAAAUGAAAAUGAUAAAACAAAAAAUACUAAAGAAAGAAAUAAUAAAAAAGAGAUAGAGGAAUAUGAAAAGAGAGGUAAUAAGCAAAAUAAUAUUGAGUAUACUGAAAAAAAUAAUAUGAAAAAUAAAAAAAACAAUGAGAUGAACAUAAAGAUUGAAAAAGUGAAAUUAGAAGUAAAAAAAAAAAAAAAGGAAAAAGGUAUAAUGGAAAACAUAAAUAUCAAUAAAAUAAAAAAUAAAAAUAAAAUUAAUAAAAAGGAAACAGAUUAUGAAGACACUAUAGGAAGUGACUUUAAUAAUGGCAGUGUGAAAAGUACAAAUACAAACACGGAGAAUAACAUUUUUAUGAAUGAAGAAAUUGAUGAAAGUGAUGAUGAAUAUAACAUAAAUACCCUUGGAGAUUUUGAUCUAAAGCACUAUGAAAAUUUCGAUAUUAUAGGUUAUGAUAUAGAAGGAAGAAAAAUAUACAAGAAAAACGAAAAUGCUAUUGAUGAAUUUAUUGAAUCAAAAACAGAUGCUGAUUCAUGGAGAAAAAUAAAAGAUAAAAAAAAUAACAGAAUUAUUGAAUUAACAAAUACUGACUUAGAGAUAAUAAAAAGUAUUAGGGAAAAUAAGGUGGCAAAAUACAUUGAUAACUCCAAUUUUAUUUAUGAAAAUGAAAAAGAAGAGUAUAAAAUAUUUCCAACUUCUAAUUAUAAUUUAAUCAAAGAUAACUAUAAGGAAUCAAAACACGAUAAAAAAAGAAUUCUUCAGAUAAUGAAAUAUUUAUUAAAUAAACAAAAAUACCCCGAAAGAUAUUUACCAAAAGAAGAAGAUGACAUAUAUGAUUUAUGGAAUAAUAAAAUUUAUGAUGAAUUUAACAAUAUCAAUGAAAUAAAUUUGCCUAAUGUAUUGCCAGGUCAUAAAUAUAGUUACAAUCCACCACCAGAGUUAAUGUAUAAUUCAUCAGAAAAAAGAAAUAUUUUAAAAAAUAAUGAAGAUGCCUUUAUACCGCAAAAUUAUAAAAGUAUAAGAAAUAUAGAAUAUUAUAAAAAAACAUAUUUUGAUUUAUAUCAGAGAUGCUUAGACAUAUAUUUAUGUUCAAGAUCAUUAAAAAAUGUUCUAAAUAUAAAUAAAGAAGAUUUAUUACCAAAAUUACCAUCCACGAAGUCGUUAAAACCAUUUCCUCAAUAUCCAUUUAUUAAAUAUAUUUUGAAUGAUGAUUUAACCAAGGAUAAAAAUAAAUAUAAUAAUCAUAUUGACAUAAAUGAAAGAGAUAAUAUUGUUUACAUUAUUCAAUGUGAUAAAUUGUACGUAUUUGAUAUAUUAACAUCUUACAAUAUAGCUACAAUUGAUUUGAAACACUAUUUUAAAAAAGUUAUGCCACUAAAUAAAAAAUCGGCAAAUUUUCAAGAUAAUAUCAUGAUCAAAGUUAAUAGAGAUUAUUUAAUUUUAGCUAUUUCAUAUGAAAAUAUUAUUUUUCUAUUUCAUUAUGAAAGUUUUAUUCCACCUGUUAAAUCAAAUAUUGAAAAUAUAGAAGAAAUUUAUCACAAUAAUAAAAAAAAAAAAAGAGCUUGUAGUAAUAGUGAUGAUGAAAGUAAAGAUAAAAAUGGUACAUCUUCAUCGUUAUCAAACUCGGAGGAUGAAGAAGAAUCAGAUCUAUAUGAUGAAGAUUUUGAUGAAGGAAAUGAUGAUGAAGAAACACAUAUAAGCAAUGAUAUAAAAGAAAUAAGCGAAGAUGAGAAGGAAAUAAAAAAUAAUUAUGAAAAGAAUUGUGAUUCGGAAAAGAAAUACAUAAAUUUAGAUAGAAAUAUGAUUUAUUAUAAAACGAAAGGAUUACUAAGUGCAUUUCAUAAUAAUUUUAAAAAUUCUGAUGAAUAUUGUUAUUCUACAGACAUUGAUAUUAAAUGGAUUAAUAUUAAAUCUAAUGAUAAGAAAAUAAAGUACUGUGUUGCUAUGAAGCAUGAGGGAAAAAUUAGAAAUUUUUCGUGGAAUAAAAAUGGUAAUUAUUUAUCAGUAACGUGUUUAAGAAAGGUUGGUCAAUAUCAUUAUUGUUAUUUACAUCAUUUGAAGUCAAUGAAAUCAAUAAAACUUAUAAAAAAAUAUAAACAAAAAAGAGGAGAUAUUAUUCAAACAUUAUUCUUUCCUAAAAGUCCAUAUUUUGCAGUAGCUUUUGAAAACAAUAUAAUAAUUUAUAAUUUAAAGUCUAAAUCUAAAAAAGAUAGAAUCAUAAAGAAACUGAGAGGAAUUCAAAAUAUAACAAGUAUUGAUGUACAUACUAAUGAAGGAUAUGUUUUGGCUUCAGAUGAAAAAGGAAAAGUUUUUAUUUUUGAUCUGGAAUUAUCUUCCAAUCCCUAUAAAAAAUUUCAUUUACAAAAUUGUUCUUUGAAAAAAGUGGAAUUUCAUAAAAUUUUUAAUUUGUUUUAUUCACUAAGUUCAAAUGGAACUGUGAAUUUAUUUUAUUCGAAAUUUUUUCAGGAUUAUAUAACAAAUCCAAUUUUACUACCUAUUAAGCAAUUAUCAAAUGAAUCAAAAAUAAUUGACCUUGUUUGGUCAUGUAAAAAACCAUGGUUAUUUGUUCAUACAGAAAAUAAUUUUUCUGCUUUAUAUACAUAA